AUGGAAAACUUCCAUGAGAGCUGCAGAUCUUCAAGGUAUUGUCUUGGGAGAGGAGAACUAGGACAGAGUCAGUUCCAAGUCAUGUGCUUCAUUAUGAGGUUCUUUAAGAAUAAUUUCAUAUCAUCAGAUGCCAUGUCUAAGUUAAGACAAAAAAAUCCUGGCACAGUAAGAUCACCAGAAGAAGACCGUGGCACUGAAGAAGUCGAGAUGGACGUGAGUGUGGAUGUUGCUGGAGCAGGUAUUCUGUCCCCACACAUCCCUCACAUGUGUGCCUUGGCCAGCACAUCUACUUAUGCCUCUGACAGAGACAUUAAACUUUGGGCAACACAAAGAAGAGAAUUAGAUGGCGAUUGGUCUCUAGUCAGUGAUGCAACACACCACCUCCCAACAAGAGGUGUUGCUCGCUGUGCUGAUGGGGGUAGAGAUCUCUCCAGCCCUUGUGCCUGUCAUUAUCAAGUAUGCAUUGCUUGGUAUCCCUGUGGCCUGAAAUACUGCAAAGGAAGAGACAACUCUGGUAAAGCUGUGUCCUACCGUUGUGGCAUCAGAACCUGUCGAAAGUGCCGUAAUUUCAGCUACUUUGUACCACAACGUCAGCUCUGCCUGUGGGAUGACUAAUGUGGUUGCAUGUGUAAGAGCCUUACCAGAAUGAUAAAAACAAUGGGUUUUUGACAUACUGACUUGUGAAAGGUUUAAUGAGCCAAUCACUCGAUAUUGCUGAUUUAUAGCAUGAGUCAACGUGGUUUUCUUUUAUUAACACUGGUUCUUUGAUUAUAACUUGUAUCAAAGUUUUGAUGAACAGGAAGAAAAACCAAAUAUUUAUUAAAGUGCAGUAUUGUUGGUGAAAUACUCAGUCGUUUUUUAUGGGCAAGUAAACACACAGAUUUCAUGACUUGUUACCAUAAAUGCCAUGUUUUUGUGUAACAUUAGAAAUGACCAAUGUUAAUGUGUAUUCUAAUUGACAAUCUCAUUUGUAGAGAUAGGCUUUAACAAAUAGUUUAACAAAUAAUAUAUUAUAAUACUAAGAUUUAUGUAAAAGCAAGUGAAAACAAAAACAAAAACAAAAAAUUAUGUUUUAUAUCACACUUUCAUUGCCAUAUCUGUGCCAUAUAUUCUCCAGGAUUUUUGUUCUUUGUUCUCUGGGGAAAACAGAUAGUUCCUUUCUUUUUAUUCCUAGUAAAGUCUUUGAUGUAAUGUCUUUAAAUUUUUUCUUAUUAUAAGUGUUUUGUAUAGACUAUAAUAUUUGUAUUUUAAUUCUUUGUUAAUUAAAACAAGUGCAUUUUCCUGUAUAGUCUUAUUGCUUGAAUAUGCUUUUUUAUAUUGUGCAUAGGAUUAACAUAUAGAAAAAUUUUAAUUGUCUAUAAAAGUUUACUUUUAGAGAGCACAUAAAUGAGGAUUAAUUAUUAGCAUUUUGUUCUAUAGUUUUAUACAGCAGGUGACCAUUAGUUACAUGCCAGGUGCCAUAAGCUUUUUUAUUUGUUACUUUUGUAAAGUAGUUUUUUUAUAAAUAUAAGUUUAUGAGUUUUUCAGCUCUGUGAAGAUUAUGUAUUCCUUAUAUAUAUUUUUACUCAUGCAUAUCAAAGUAUAGACAUACAAACAGAAAUGUAAUUCAGAAGCAGCUGCUAAUUUUUUAUAGCACUAUAAGAAAUUGUGAAAAAGUCUGUGAAUUUAAAUAUUUCUUAAAAGUGGAAAGAAAGUUCUUGAAUAAAGAAUCACUGUAAA